AUGGUUAUGGUAUCAGACGUUGAUUUACUCAAAAAAUAUUUUAUCCGCAAUGGAGAUGUCUUUUCUGGUCGUUGGCAGAACUUUAUAACCCACAUGUUUAUGGACGGGCACAACGGAAUUAUUCAAAUACAAGGGGAUAAAUGGAGAGAACAGAGGCGUUUUUCACUUCACGUCCUCAGAGAUUUUGGUUUUGGUAGGACGGCGAUGGAGGAAAAAAUUAAGGUUCUUGAGGGGGUAAUUUUUGGCUCUUGUCCAGAUUACUCGUCCAAUCAACCUUUAUGCGUCCAAUAUAUGCUGCAAAGCACUCGGUUCUAUGUGUAA